CUGAACGCGUUGUGUGAUUCGAGAGACCGGUAAACUUUUACCUGCGAAAAUGUUAGAUACGACCGUAGUCUUCGGAAUUACUGCUAGCAUCCUAUCGUUUGUGGCAGGAUACACUAUAGCUAAAUUACCACGCCCAGGAGAUAGUGGCUCUUCUUCGCCGAAAAAUAGUUCUUCGCCAGAUGAAGGCACUGAGAAGGUGUUUGCCGAUAUGGGCGGCGAGUAUAAAAUGGUGCUGGUGGUGCGAAAUGAUUUAAAGAUGGGGAAAGGCAAAAUAGCGGCUCAGUGCGGUCACGCGGCCGUUGGUGCGUUUGAGAGCGGACUUCGUAACACGCCAGCAGCAAUCAAAAAAUGGCAAAGUAGCGGACAGGCAAAGAUUGCUCUGAAAGUGGAAACGGAGUUGGCAAUGAUGGAAAUCUAUCGUACCGCGAAGACAAACAAGCUUAAUUGCUGUUUGAUACGUGAUGCCGGACGUACGCAGAUUGAAGCAAACACCAAAACCGUGCUAGCAAUCGGACCAGCACCCAUUGCGGUUGUGGACGGUGUGACGGGACAUUUGAAACUGUUAUAAGGUCGUAGAGUUGGUAAUGUACCAUUGAACAACAGUUUCAGUUCGUUUACACAUAGCCUUUGGGGACCGAACCAACCCGAUGUACGGGUUACAGCUACAGCGAUCCAAGUUACUAAUAAUCUGCCCUUAGUGCUCGCUGGUCAAUACUCUGACAAAGAAUAUUGAGGCAAAUAUGAAGAUAAGCUACUGAUAAAAAACAAGAUGCUUUCAUAAAGCAAACCAGAGAAAAUCGUCAUCGUUGCCUUUCUCUUUUGUAGAGAACAUUCGAACAUCUAAAAGUAGCUUUAGACAUACUUUAUUAAAUAUAAAAUUCCCCAUUGCA